UCAGGUCGGGUCGGGUCGACACGAUAGGUCCGAUUUGACAUCCCUAAACACCACCCAAGCAAUCUCGAAGAUUUCUUCGUCUUCCUCCGUCAUUCCCCACACAGCGUCGCCAAUGGCGUCGAUACCACACAACAGAGAUUCUGACCAUCUCGUGACUCUAGUAAUAUGUAGCCAGUCCUACUCUAACGCUUCGGGAUUGAACCAAGAGCCCCGCGACUCCAAUGUGAUUGCGGUUUCUACGGCCGAGAUCGGUACAUGGGACUUGCCGUCACUGAUUUCUCGGAGCGCACUCAAAGUCGAAGUCGAUCCCCAAAGGCUUGUCGAACAGUCUUCCUAUUUUCGGGGACUUCUCGGUGGCAGCUUCAGUGAAGCUCGGAACAGUUCUGUAUCGAUACAAUGGGAAGUGGAAUCAUUCGUGACUGUUUUAAGGGUAAUAUUUGGGCUCGAAAUUGAGAUCACCGUAGACAGUUAUAUUCCUUUGAAUGAGGCAGCUUUAUUUUUCGGGGUCGAUUCGCUUCUCUUGAAAUGUCAAGAUUGGUUGGUCAAAGUGACUUCAUCCCAAGGGGAGCAUCAGGAGCUGGGGUUCGGCAAUGACUUAGUUUGUAUAUGGAAGUAUGGUGUGGAUUCUUCAACUGAAUUUAUCUUAAAGCUUUGCACAGGUUAUCUGGCGAAGAACUUUAUGUGGGCAUUGCGUUCAAACUCAUUCAAAGAUGUACCGGAAAAGCUACUCUGCGCCUGUAUCGAGCAUCCUGACUUGACUGUAGAAAGUGAGAAGCAGUUAUGUGAUGCAAUUCUGUCUUGGAUAACCACAAAUACUGCAAAACCGGAGGGAGUGAGUAGACACUAUCUAUGUGACAAGAUCCGUACAAGCCUUUUGCCUUUGUGGUUUGCUGCUGGAAAACACUCGUGCCCUUUAUUAUCAACAUUAAGUGUCAAAGCAACUGAGAACAUUCUGAGUCUAGCUAGAGUUCCUGGUACAAGUUCGUCAGCCAUCUUAAGACAAGAUGAUUUGGGUCAGCUUGAAAACCGGUUUACAAAAUUUACACAGAAAGUGGACAUCUCCGGCUGCCCACAGAUGACCCCCUUGGUAUUCCUCAUUUCUUUGCUUUCGUCACUGCCUGAACCGAAGCUGAAAACGAAGAUUAUUAAUCGGCAUUUCUCUAGCUAUGAGAGUAGUGUGUUGGACCAAUGUAUGAUCUCAAAGGCACUCCAUCUAGGUUUGACAUUUGAAGCAGUGGAGGAGUUGGAUAUUUCAAACUGCCCGUCUCUCUCACUAGAGUCAGUAAUUUAUAUUCUCAGAAAGUCCUUUCCAUUAUUACGUACAUUAAGGGCAGCCUUUUCCUUAAACUUCAUGACCAAAAUGUUGUGCCAAAUGCUUGAGAAAUUCCCUCUACUGAACAUUGUUGACUUGACCCUGGAUAUUAGCCCUGUUAUACCUGGAAAAGUAUCUGUCUUAUCUUCUUCAUCAGUUCCGAGACAACAACAAAGAUCAAUACCAUCAUCUGACAGCACCUCUAUUUUCCUGUUUACUAUUCCACUGCGAUGGGUAUCCAUGCCAGUGGAGUCAAAUGUCACAAAACUCAUUUUGGCAGGGAGAACUGACAUCAGGGAUUCUGAACUUCUUAGGAUCGCUGAUUCCUGCGCUUCCCUGAGUUAUAUUGAUAUCAGAGGGUGUACAUCUGUCACGGACAAUGCUAUAUCAACUAUGAUCCUAAAAUGCAAAAUGUUACAUUCAGUUUUGGCGUGCCAUACGUCAUUUGGGAACAGUUCUAUUGAAGUGCUUUCGGGUAUUCCAAGUGAGACACAGCGAAGUCUAUCACCAAGAAACCAACUUCAAACCCUGCAUGUUGGUGGUUGCCAUGGUGUAAAUGGAAAAAACCUGUCAGUGCUUAUGCCUGGAGUGUGCCAAUUAAUAAGUUUUUGCGUCAGAGAUAUUCGAUAUGUUGACGAUGCUCUUUAUAUGUUUUCUGGGACGUCCUUGGAGGUUCUUGAUAUUUCUGACACUGAGGUUUCUGGUGCUGCUUUAUCUCAUAUUAUCUGUAGAAAUCCUCACCUAAAAUCUCUUAAAGCCAGAGGCUGCAGACAUCUAUUGCCACAGGAAGUUGAUGCUCAUGAAACAAAAACCUGCAUGUUAUCUGAUACUAUUGAAGAAUGGUACUCUGUCCUAGGCAGGUCCUGCAAAUUGGAGGAAAUUGAACUUGGUUGGGGAAUCACUUAUUUCUCUCUCAGAGCCCUCGAACCCGCACUCAGAACGCUGAGAACCUUAGUUGUUGGAGUAGGUGGAUCAUUAGGAGAGGAUGGAUUGAAGCUGUUACCCUCUUGUUGUCAAAUGCUCGAGACUUUGGUUCUUUAUUUUCAGGUUAUAUCUGAUUCUACUCUUACGAGCAUUCUAAGUUCCUUGCCACAUUUGCGAAAUCUUGCUCUGUGCUAUUGCCUUGGGGACAUAUCCUCAUUAAGCUUCAAGUUGAGGAUGCCAACUUUAAGGAUAUUGAAACUCGAAAGAGUAGCACCAUGGAUGACUAAUGAAGAGUUGGCUACUCUGGCCGGGAAUUGUCUCAAUUUGGUAGAACUCUCAUUAAUUGGAUGCACAUUGCUAGACUCUGAAGCACAAGCUAUAAUUUCAAGUGGUUGGCCGGGGUUAACAUGUCUUCGUCUUGAGGAAUGCGGCCAAACAACCACUGGCGGUGUCAGCUUUCUGUUGGAAUGUCACGCACUUGAAGAUCUUACACUGCGUCACUCGGGCCAUGGCAUCUCGAGAAACUUCAUCGUUCAAUCUGCUUCUAUGCUGCCGAUGCUUCGAAGAAUCUCACUUGAUGAAUGCGAUGCAGAGCACGGUGACUAUGAGAUUCCAUCCUUUUCCAACAGAUACUUUCUAAGCGUCGUCAAGAUCGCGAGAUGUGAGCAUCGGAAGAGGUCUUUCGAUCUGCUGGGAAGUUGGUUGCACGAAGAGACGUUAGUUGUGGCCUGGAACAGUGAAAGAGUUGAUAGGACAGUGGUGAAGGAGAGAUUGUAAGCGCUCAAGUUGAAGAUGAAGCUGAAGUUUCUGUCUCUUACCUAUGCUCUGUUUGGUAAAAUAAAACCAUAUUUGAUGACUGCAAUCAGGUCAGAGAUUCAUUUUUAUUUUUAAUUUUAUCUUCUAACCUUUUUUUUUUUUAAUUUUUUUUUCAAAUAUAGUUUUGUUUAUAUAAAUAAAAGUGAGAAUUUUUAUAUAUUUAUAUAUUGUUGAUGUGGAUUCAUGACCAGGCUAUAGCUGACUAAUGAAUUGCUCCUUUAGUUCAA